AUGAACUUGGAACUCGAACCGAACACUUUGGAUCCUACAACUCUGGUGACAUUCCUAUUCCGUGCGCCUCCCGAAGUGCGAACGGUGGAACUGCUUGGGUCCUGGGACAACUUUAACGUUCCAUAUCGCAUGCACCAUGAUCGUCGGAGAGGCAAUGACUUCUGGUCCGGAUGCUUCAAAUUCGAGAACAUCAUCUACGACGGCGACGAUCUGAAGUGGGUGAAGCCAAGGAGCGGUGGGCUCAGGCAGGGCGGAACGUAUUGGUAUUACUACCGGCUCAAUUAUGAUCUGGACUCCUUUGACGAGAGGCAACCCCAUUCCACCAGCUGUCCGCUGUUACCCGGCCAGAAGGUCAAUAUCCUGGAUGUACCCAUUGAACUUCUGGCGCCGCCCGAGAGAUGCCGCAGCGCCUACGAAGACAUCAUUGGCAGUCUUGCAGAUGCUGGCUGCCGGCAGACCAUGGAGCCGGGAGAUAAAUUCGCUUCCGUCGAGGCACCCCCGCUUUCCAAGAUUCAUUCCAGAUGUCUGUCGGACGAGGCGUUGGAUGGUCGGCUAGAGAGCAAUUCUGUGCCGCUCGUUGUCCUUGCAGAUACCGUCUCGCCAUUGCCGUCUUCGCAUUCGCAGGAAGCUGAGAGAGAAUUCGCGAACGAUGCCGCCGAAAGUACAGAGCAGCGAGCGGAGUCUCGUGCCAGCUCCGUAUAUUCACAGGAUGGGACCGACUCUGCGCCCGUCAGCCCCCGGAGCACAGGGAAGCAGAGCGAGCCUGCAAAGCAGGACCUCGAGCACGAGGACGAGGGUGAUCUCCCCGACUUUCCGUAUCCUGAUAGACUGGGUCCGUCCUUCUUGGGAUUUGGUGCCACUCUAUUUGCAUCUCCGCGAGCUGCUGACGUUGCUGCCGAUCGAACAAUCACUGAAGACUCGGUCGCAUAUCCGCCUCAUCUACAAUCGGAGCCUUCGCAGAACAGAAAGGGUCCCCAAUCGGUGCAAAACGUCCCAUUCUACGGCUCGAGACCUGGCUCAAAGCUCUCCGAGGACCCAGAAGGGCACCGGCCUCGCUUGUACUCGCUACCUAGUCUGGACAUUGGCGAGUACUUGAGUGGUAACCAGCUUGGGUCACACAUCUCGUCCGCUGCGCCAGCCACGUACUAUUCGAAAUGGCCAUCCGAGGAGUGCGAUGAGGACUCGCCGACUGCAAAUGAUUUGGACAACUACGAUCUUACUUCGCCCACAUUUUCAGCAGAUACCAUUAGCAGUGCCGGCCAAAACACUCCCUUUAGAUUGUCAGCUCAGAAUUCGCUACGGGAGAGCACGAGGCAUGAUUCAGCCCAACUAGAAGACGACAGUCUGGUGGACAUUGCAGAUCGCUUGCGAGCGCUUGAUGCCAAUGAGCAAAGCCGCAAUCGUCAAUCUGUCAGCGCUGGACGGACCUCUUACGAGCUUAUUCGGAGAUUCAAUUCUCGCUCUUUUGUCAACUAUUCCCUACCGACUAUUGCUUCCGAGAGUAAUCAAUCUCUGGUGAAGACCGCAUCGAACGUUUCUAUACCUCCACGAUCUGGACAAGAUGUGCCUCCCAUUCCAUCCCCACUCGUCCACUCGGGCGAGGGCGAAGGACGCUCCCUGGCUGAAGACAUUUUCAGCGAGCUUGGGUUUUUGGGAAGCAGUAUUGCUUGA